AUGGCUCAGCGAUGCACGCGGAAAGCCAUGGGAAUCAUGGCCUAUGUUCUGGACUGGAGAGCAUCUAGACUUCCACAUGAAGAGAAGGUAUACCCUUUACUGGGCAGACCACAGGACGCUUUGAGCCCUCACGACAGCUCUUACAACGUCUCCUAUCCCACCUACCUGGGCUCCAAGUACGAUGCGUCUACUACCAACCUCACCUACAAUAUCCUUUCGCACAAUUCCUCAAGAUCUUUGGAGAUAACGCUGUCCUUUCUCUCACCCAUUACCCCUACCUCUACCCUCCGGCAAUCGAUACCUGCAGCCUAUCUGAACGUGUUUGUGACUGGUGACGUGGACGUGGACAUCUAUGUUGAUGUCAAUGGUCAAUGGGUCAGUGGUGAUAGGGCCAACAAGAUUGUGUGGGAUAUAGAGCACACUCAUUUACAACAGGAAGAGGACCAAGGUCUCAAGACGUGGAUGGUUAGAAGGGAGACCGAGCAAGCUUUCACAGAAACCCGAGAACAACCAGAGUGGGGUACCUUACUCUUCUCUGGUCCUUCUGAUCUUCGUCAUGAGGCAGGCACUUCAUCGGAACUCAGGCAGAGGUUCUCCAGAACGGGAACCCUGCAAGACCAUGCUGAUGGUAGAUUCCGAAGCAUAAUGGACGACGAGCCUGUUUUCGCUUUCUCAAAGUCUUUCAAUGCUAACACGACGAGCCUCAAAUCACAUGCGCACGUCAAGAAUGUCAUGUUCACAAUUGCUCAUAUCCAAAAUCCGGUCAUUCAAUAUGCUUCAGCUAGAGGGCUCACACUUCUACGUCCAUUGUGGGCAUCGUACAUGUCUUCUCCUCAGGAUCUUGUCACUUUUCAUUGGCUUGACUAUGGACAUGCUGAGGAGCUUGCUUCCAAUUAUUCCGCUCAGCUUGCGGUCGAUGCCUAUAGGUCUGGAGCUGAAGAUUACGUUGACAUUGUGGCAGUAUCUGCUAGGCAGGUCAUGGGCGCCACUCACUUCACGGGCACGCCAGAAGAUCCACUACUGUUCAUGAAGGAGAUCUCAUCAGACGGCAACACACAAACGAUAGAUGUGAUCUUCCCUGCUUUUCCUUUCUUCCUCUACACUAAUCCCAGGUGGUUGGCAUACCUGCUUGAGCCGCUGAUCGAACAUAUGAUGAGCGGCCAAUACCCAAACAAGUAUGCUAUGCACGACAUUGGCGCUCAUUACCCCAAUGCAACUGGUCACCCUGAUGGCAAUGACGAGUAUAUGCCAGUCGAAGAAUGCGGCAACAUCCUCAUCAUGGGCCUUGCACUGGCAAACUCAAUCAAGUAUGGUACAAAUAGCUCUGUCAGCUCCACCUGGCAACAAGCUCCCAAUUACCUGGAGAGAAACGAUGAAAAGAUAUGGCCCCUAAAUGUUGGCACGGAUGCUGGCGUUCAAUAUAUCGAUGAGCCCUGGACCUCAGACAGUCAGUCGGAAAAGAAAGCACAGAGAUGGGUCCAGCGAAGCUAUCGCCUCUGGAAGCAAUGGACUCAGUAUUUAGUCGAUUACAGUCUCGAGCCCGAGAACCAGCUAUCGACAGAUGACUUUGCUGGCUGGCUAGCUUUGCAGACCAAUCUGGCGCUGAAGGGUAUCAUUGGCAUUAAAGCCAUGGCUGGCCUGGCAGAAAUUGCUGGCUAUGAAGCUGAUGUCAAAAGAUACGACAACACGUCGAGAGUCUAUAUCGAGAAGUGGGAAGAAUUAGGCAUUUCUAGAGACAAGACACAUGCCAAGGUAGCGUACAACUGGUUCGGCUCCUGGGCCACAACCUACAACCUCUAUGCCGACAGCUUGUUGUGCUUUCACCUCGAGAACACAGACUCAGCCGACACAAGCCCCCUGGUCACUGGCCAAAAGCCGAUCAAAUCACCCAGCAAGAGUUCUGGCUUUGUCCCACAACACAUCUACCAGAUGCAAUCAGACUGGUACUACGCAGUCCGCCAAAAAUACGGCCUUCCACUAGACUCCCGUCACAUAUACACAAAGACCGACUGGGAAUUCUUCGCCAUGUCAGUCGCUGCUCCACGAGUUCGCGCAGAUAUACUUGAGCGAGUCGCUCGAUGGGUGAAUGAGACCAACACCGACCGGCCACUGACUGACCUGCAUGACACAGAAGGAAGCGGCGGCUUUCCAGGGCCAAACUUCUUCGCCCGACCUGUCGUUGGCGGCCACUACGCUUUCCUGACAUUGCGCAAGGCUUGUGGCGGGAAAGCGAUGGAGGGUCUCAAUUUCUUGCGUGACGAUGUGGUGGAUCGAGAAGUUCAGAUGGAUGUGCAGGGUUUGCUGGAAUUGGAGGUCUUGGAGGAAUUUAUGUAUAACGGGGAGCUGUAG